AUGGUGGCAUCGGAAAAAUCGAAACAAAUAGAGAUCCACCGAAACUCAUCACCAGAAUAUUUAGACCGAUUCUUCCAUUGUUUUUCAAUUAACAAUUGGUAUAUUAUUGAUAUCAUCAACUGUGGAAGUACUGAUUCUGAACCUGAAUCUAUUUUGAAAUAUAUGAAUCACACACGUUUAUUCAAUUAUCCUUUGAAGCAUUUAUUUCUCAUUGAUGGCUAUGACUAUCCAAGUUUUAUGAAUAAAUCUGCAAAGUACGAAAUACUACCCAUGAGUGAGCUCUUCAUUGCAUCAUUUCACCAAAACAAUUCAUCUGUGGAUAUUUAUCAACCAUAUAAAAUAGGAAGAAAAGGAGAACUCUUUAUAGAACACUUUGGUAAAUGGACACCUGAUGAAGGGAUGACACAGUUUUACAAAAACAUUCCUACUUCCGUUAGGCGGAAAAAUUUCCAACAAUCUGAAAUUAUCGUCAGUGUCGUGGUGAAGAAUCCAAAAAGUUUGGAUGUUAAAAAUUUUGAUGACUUUUCGGAAGUUGAUGAGAAUGAACCAUACUUUUUCCAAGAUUUCCCGAAUGUUCAUAGUUUAUUUCAACACUUGAAUGCAUCUUUUUCCUUCAGAAUAUUUGAUUCUUACGGAUAUCUUAAUCAUUCAACUGGCAGAUUUGAUGGAAUGGUUGCGGAUUUGUAUGAAGAGAAAGGAGAUAUUUCAGGAACAGCGUUAUUUUUAUCUGAAGACCGCCAAAAAAUUGUCGAUUUCAUAAAAACCUUCAAUUCAUGGGGUACUAAAUUCGUUUUGAAAAAACCCUCCUUGUCAUACAUCGAAAACAUUUAUUUUAUGACAUUUGCGAAACAAGUUUGGAUUGCGUCUUUGGUUAUUCUAUUUCUGUUUGGCGCUGUUUUAUAUAUCUUGCUGAAUUGGGAGAUGAAAAACAAACGUAACAGAAAAACGACAAAUAAAUAUUCACUAGGUGAUAUAACUUUGAUAUCAUUUGAAGCUGUUUGCCAACAAGGGACUUUCACAGAUUCGAAAACUUAUGCUGGAAGAAUAUUAUUAUUCAUUAUGUUUUCUGCAUUCAUGUUUUUGUACGUUGCAUAUUCGGCAUAUAUUCUUGUUCUUCUGCAGUCCACUAAACCAAUAAAAUCAGUACGAAGAUUGGUAGAUAGUCGAGUAGAGUGUGGAGGUCUAAACAUCAGCUUCAUGAUGGCAUAUUACACGGCUACCAAAGAUGAUGCUUUGAGAGACCUUUACAGUAAGAAAAUAUUUCCCAAUCAAUUUUUCACCUUGGAAGAAGGUCUGAAAAAAGUGCAAGAUGGAAAUUUCGCAUUUCAGGUUAUGCUUGGCCCAGCUUACAACUACAUUUUGAAGAAGUAUACUAAUCAGGACAUCUGCAAAUUACAAGAAUUACCUGGCUACAUGAACACUGAAAUGUACAUUGCUGUUCCUAAAACUUCACAGUACAAAAAGUUCUUCAAAAUUGGACUGAUGCGAGUAGAUGAAAGUGGGUUGCAAAUUAGAACAAAAAAUCGGGUUUCCAUGAAACCGAAAUGCUACAAUGAAGCGGGUAACUUCCAGUCAGUGAGGUUUUACGAUUGCUAUUCAGUAUUCAUUUUAUAUCUUUCUGGAAUAUUUGUCUCAAUAUGCAUUUUGUUAAUAGAGAAAGUUGUGAACAAGUAUAAGAAUGAUAAGGAUUCUCCAAUGAAAUAG